CGAAAGUCUCGGGUUCGGACUUAAAGGGGACUUUUCUUUUGGACGACUGAGAGAGCCACUCUUUGAUUUCUUUAAAUUUCAAACAGAUAUCGCACACCGGAUCGCCAAGCGAAAUCGUAUCAAUCAGAUCGUUAGUGUGCCAGAGCUUGAAUCUCGACAGAUCAGACGGUAAAGAUGACGUCCGAUGCGGCUAUUCAGAAGAUGCAGCUCCGUCAAUCCUACCGAAACGUGUGGCACAGUGACCUUCUCAGCUCCAUUAAACAAGACACUCCUUAUUGCUGCUUUGCGGUUUUCUGUCCCCCAUGUGUAUCUUACUUGCUUCGGAAAAGAGCACUCUACAAUGACAUGUCCAGGUAUGUUUGUUGUGCUGGUUAUAUGCCUUGCAGUGGCAAGUGUCACGAAAGUUCUUGUCCUGAAUUUUGCCUUUGCACUGAGGUUUUCUGCUGCUUUGGAAAUUCAGUGGCCUCUACUCGAUUUCUGUUGCAAGAUGAAUUCAACAUCCAGACAACUCGCUGUGAUAAUUUUAUUAUUGGAUUUAUGAUAUGCCUUCAACAAGUUGCAUGCAUAUUUUCCAUAAUUGCAUGCAUUGUUGGAAGUGAUGAACUUCAGGAUGCUUCUCAGAUUUUGAAUUUAUUGGCUGAUCUAGUUUAUUGCUCGGUUUGUGCUUGCAUGCAGACACAACACAAGAUUGAAUUGGACAAAAGAGAUGGUGUGUUUGGUCCACGACCUAUGGCAGUGCCCGCUGUUCAAGAGAUGUCUCGCAUUGAUCAGCAAUAUCCUCCCUCAGUUGGAUAUCCGCCACAGCAAACUGUAUAUGGACAGCCCUAUCCUCCUCCAGCUCAAAGUUACCCACCACCUGUGCAAAGUUACCCACCUCCUGUGCAAAGUUACCCACCUCCGGCACAAGGCUAUCCUACUUCUUAUCCACCUCCUGGCUAUCCUAGGUGAUUAAAUUUUCUGUUUUACACCCCCCGGGUUUUCUCUCCAAAGUAAUACUUCUGCUGUGUUGCAUUUACUAGUGAACUUCUAAGUCAUAUGAGAUAUUAACUGGGUUUUUGAGCGGAACUGCAUCUCUACAUAACUGUUUACUUGCCAUUAGGCUAUUGUUACAGUAGUAUAUUUGUGUGUUUUCAUAUCAGCAUUGUUGGUUAAACAGAACAUAAUUGUUAUCCAAGUAAUGCUAUAUGUACUUAAAAUGAGUUUCAAUUUGAAUAUCAAUGAUAAUGUGUUUAAGUGUUACUUUA